CCAACUCCAAGGAGGAGCGUCCGCAUAAAACAUGCGCUCUCCCCGUGCGCUCUCGACUCUUCUCAUUGCCUUUUUGCCUGUGCUUGCCCCCGUUCCUUUCUCCUCCAGCAAGUAAACCCCGUUUCCGCAGCGUCACGCACCGCCGCCAUGCCGACCGUAAGCGUGAAAUGGCAGAAGGAGGUCUUUCCAGGCAUAGAGAUUGACACUAGCCAGCCUCCUAUUGUUUUCAAGAGUCAGCUGUACACACUAACUGGUGUGCCACCUGAACGCCAAAAAAUUAUGGUGAAGGGUGGAAUAUUGAAGGAUGAUGCAGAUUGGUCUACUUUGGGAGUGAAAGACGGCCAAAAGUUGAUGAUGAUAGGCACAGCUGAUGAGAUUGUGAAAGCUCCAGAGAAAGGUCCAGUGUUUGUUGAGGAUCUGCCAGAAGAAGAGCAAGUGGUUGCACUGGGUCACAGUGCUGGUCUUUAUAAUCUUGGGAAUACAUGCUAUAUGAAUUCCACGUUGCAAUGUCUGCAUUCUGUUCCAGAGCUGAAGUCAGCACUGCUAAGCUAUUCAGAUACUGUAAGAGGUAAUGGCAUUGACCAAGCUUCUCAUAAUUUGACUCUUGCUACUCGGAAUACCUUUGGCGAUCUUGAUCAAAGUGUUCGCCCUGUUGCACCUCUACAAUUCUUGCAGACACUGCGUAAAAAAUACCCGCAAUUUGCGCAGCAGCAUAAUAAUGUCUACAUGCAACAGGACGCAGAAGAAUGCUGGACACAGUUGGUGUAUACACUUUCUCAAACUCUUACCUCAGAUUCAAGUGAAUCUGCAGUUCUUCCGAUGAAGCAACUAUUUGGGAUAGAUCUCGUGAGCAGGGUCCACUGUGCAGAAAGUGGUGAGGAGAGCACGGAGACAGAAUCAGUUUAUUCCCUUAAGUGUCAUAUAUCUCAAGAUGUGAACCAUCUUCAUGAGGGAAUUAAGCAUGGCUUGAAGACAGAACUUGAGAAAGCUUCACCUACACUGGGUCGAACUGCAGUUUAUACUAGAGAAUCAAGAAUAAAUGAGCUGCCUAGGUACUUGACUGUGCAGUUCGUUCGUUUCUUUUGGAAAAGGGAAUCAAACCAAAAGGCAAAGAUUUUACGAAAAGUUGAUUACCCACUGGAACUGGAUGUUUAUGAAUUCUGCUCUGAUGAACUGAAACAGAAACUCCAAGCUCCUCGGCAGAUGCUGAGAGAUGCAGAAAAUGCAAAGUUCGGAUUGAAAGCACAUGGGAAAGCUAGCAGCUCAAAAGAAAAUGAGGAGUCAAGUAGCGCUGGGGAAUCGUCCAGUAUGGACAUUGACAAAGCUGAGUCUUCUCUACCAAAGAAACAAUUAACUGGCGUCUAUGAUUUGGUUGCUGUCUUGACACACAAGGGAAGAAGUGCAGACUCUGGCCACUAUGUUGGCUGGGUUAAGCAAGAUGACGGAAAAUGGAUCGAGUUUGAUGAUGACAAUCCGAACAUUCGCAAGGAGGAAGACAUUUUGAAACUAUCUGGUGGAGGUGACUGGCACAUGGCUUAUAUCUGCCUGUACAAAGCCCGCAUGGCGGAAUCAAAGAGUUAGGCCGAAGUGGUUCUACAUUUCCGUGUCGCGAAUACAACACUAGUUUUUGUGCCCACGAGUCAUUGUGGGAAUUAAUUUUCCAGUUCGUAAAGUGGCUACUGUCGAAUUUGCUUCAAUGUGGUUGGCCAUUAUUCACCGGGAUAUGUAUUUUUAGGAUUUCAAAUCUAGUACAUUUUGUGUUGUCAAAAUAUAGAACAAAGAAAUUCAGGGGAAAGCUUUUGCCUUGACAGUGGAUCUGAUUCAUUUGCACGAAGCGGAGAAUAUAUAUUUUUAAAAAACUCAAAA